GAACUUUAUUAUCUUUGCUUUAUAGUGCGGUGUGCUGCAUCUUGCUACAAAGUGUGUAUUACCAGGUGGGAAAAAAUGGGCAAACGCCUAAAAUGGCUCCCAUGCCCUCCCCAUCAUCACCAUCUCCAGCAGCAUCAUCACCUCAGAAGCCCAUCCCCUAGCGUCCGUCCCGGGAACGCACCCUCUAUAUGCGCAUGGGCGGAGAGACAGCGGCUGUGCGCUCUUAUUAUUGUAAGAGUUAUUUCUUUUGACGAAAAUGGCGUCCGGUCAGGGAGGCGUGGGAGCUGUCACCGCUUUACAGAACAAUCACCUCCCCAGCGGACCCCACUGGAGCCCGGGCAUCAGCCAGUACCAACAGCAGCAGCACCACACGGCCCGCAGUCUGGAGCGGGCUCUGGAGGAUGCCGUGUGUUCGGGAAUACUCAACCUGAGUGGCAGAAAGCUGAGGGAGUACCCGGGUACCAACUACGAUCUGACCGACACCACGCAAGCAGAUUUGUCCAAGAACCGUCUCACAGAGAUUCCCCCGGAGCUGUGUCUGUUCGCCCCCCUCGAGUCUCUCAACCUCUACCACAACUGCAUCAAAUGCAUCCCGGAGGCUAUCAUCAAUCUCCAGAUGCUGACCUACCUUGACAUCAGUCGAAAUCUUCUGUCAGUGCUGCCCAAAUACCUCUUCAACCUCCCGCUGAAAGUUUUGCUCGUGAGCAACAACAAGCUGGUCUCCGUCCCUGAGGAGAUCGGCAAGGCGAAAGAGCUGAUGGAGCUGGAUGUGAGCUGCAAUGAGAUCCAGGUCCUGCCCGCUCAGGUGGGGAGGCUGCAAGCCUUACGAGAGCUGAACAUCAGGAAGAAUUGUCUUCACAUGCUGCCUGAGGAGUUGGCCGACCUGCCCCUCAUCAGACUGGACUUCUCCUGCAAUAAGAUCACAGAGAUUCCUCCAGCUUACAGGAAGCUCAGUCAGCUCCAGACCAUCGUUCUAGACAACAACCCUAUGCAGUCUCCACCAGCACAGAUUUGCCUAAAGGGAAAAGUUCACAUAUUCAAGUAUCUAAACAUCCAAGCCUGCAGGAUGGAAAAGAAGCCAGACACUCUGGACCUCCCAAGUCUUGGAAAGCGUUGUCUCCCACAGCCCUCUCUGACAGACAGCAUGGAAGAUUUUUAUCCCAAUAAAAAUCCCGGCCCGGACUCUGGAAUCGGCAGUGACAAUGGCGACAAGAGGCUCUCUACCACAGAGCCUUCAGACGAUGACACUGUCAGCCUCCACUCACAGGUUUCAGAGACAGCUCGCGCUGAUGCCUUAUCCCUUCUCUCCAAAAUGGACUCUUGCAAAGAUCAGGAUCUCUAUGACUUUAUAGAGCCCAACCCCGAUGAGGAUCCUGCUCUGUCAGAGUGCGACGGGCAGCAGAGCAGCCAUGUGGCUUGUAUAAAGGAGCUGGAAAAAGUUCUUAACAUGUCUCAGCAUUAUAAAGAUAAAGACAACUGGAAGGAAGAGUCAGGAUCUGAUAAGGAGCAUUUAGCUGACGAAGAUGAUGAUGAGCUGAAAGAAGUGGUCGAUCUGAGGAAGAUUGCGGUGCAGCUUUUGCAGCAGGAGCAGCAGAACAGACGGCGCUCCUUGAUUUGCAGAGCAGAGAGUCUUAUUCAUAGGCGGAGGGUGACGGGCCGUGCACACAGAUUCUUGAGUCACUCUGGAAGCUCCAGCAGCAAACCCAAACUCCCACCCCAGACAGCUCGCAGUGCCUCUCUGGAUGAAGGAAGUAGUGGAGCAUCUGUGCUGGGUGGGCAGCCAUCCACAUCCUCCUCCUUCGAUGGCAGCUUGAAGACAAGUCAGUCGGAUUCAGAGCCGAGGUGGCCUGAAGUUCCACCUGUCUUCAAUCAGAAUGAAGAACGAAGGCGGAACAAGUAUCUGAGAAAAGAUUAUCUGAAGUACAAGUGUCAAAGUUCUCGUAAAAACUCUGACGGGAAUGAUGAAAGCGAGGACGGUUUGCGCAAUUCUGAUUUCAGCGCCACGCUGUCAGUGUUUGGGCUGAAGCCAAGGUCAGCUUUCACCAGAGGAAACCGUCAGGAGUACAGCUCAACAGACCCCAGUUUCACCAUAAGGAGGAAGAUGGAGCACCUGAGGGAAGAAAUUGAGCAGAUAGGCCUCUUACGACAGAACAUUGAGUCCAGACUGAAGGUGUUGCUUCCAGAUGAUGUUGGAGCUGCUUUGAUGGAUGGAGUGGUUCUCUGCCAUUUGGCCAACCACAUUUCUCCUCGCUCUGUGUGCAGCAUUCACGUACCGUCACCUGCUGUGCCGAAGUUAAGCAUGGCAAAAUGUAGACGGAACGUCGAGAACUUCUUGGAUGCUUGCAAGAAGCUUGGUGUCCCUCAGGACAAGCUGUGUCUGCCGCAUCACAUCCUAGAGGAGCGCGGUCUGUUGAAGGUGGGCGUGACUGUUCAGGCUCUGCUGGAUCUGCCGACGUCAAAGUCUCCACAUCUGUCCACUGUUUGACACAAGCCUUAAUGAAUGCUGCAGCCGACCUGCCGUUUUUCCCAGCUCAGACUUGCAUCGCAUUUCCAGGGACCAGAGAACCCCAUAGAGGGCGAGGACCCAAUGAGAGUCUACUUCUGCCUGACCGAAAAAGGAGAAAGGAAAAUGUCUCCUUUCAUGACGUCAGCAUGAAUCCAGUUUGUGAUCAUCAUAUUUUUCUAUUCGUAUUGGGGAUCGUACAGCUCACUUGGAACUUCUCAUGUGUGUUUGCUGAGCCGUAAAGACGUAAUUCUCCAGAAGGUGACAGGAAGUGCUUUACAUGAGGGGUUAUUCUUUAAAUGCAGCACUGACAGCAUGCUUGUGCUAGUAUUGCACACGAUGGAGGUAAAAUGAUGACAGACAACUCAAUUUUUCAUUGAAGUAGUCUUUUCUGUCCUGCAGCUACGUUCUGCUCUGUUAUUAAUUUAUUUUUUUUGCACAGAUCAGAAAAAGUUUGGGAAGUUAAAAAAAAAAAAACCCUCCAGGGUGACUUUAAUAAACAAUACUUCAUGUUUUGUCAAAAUUGUCAAACAAUACAUGUAAAACAGAGUUUAUUAUCUAGCAGAUUACAAGCAAGGACAUGUCAGUCAUUCAGCCAAAACUGGAUUUGACAAGGAUGUCGAUCUGCCAGCUCUUGUUCAAAUCUAACGCUUGUCAAGAGUUUGGGUCUUGGAGCAAUUCAAUCCUCGGUCUUGGGGACGGAGCGCUGAUCAGUCAGUCACUCUUGCUCUCCAUGCUUCUGCAACGGCAUUCAAUUUUUUUUUAUUUAAAAACCACAACCUCAAUGGAGCCAAAAAAGCAGCAUCAGAGAUAGGAUUUUUAGACUGCAAAAGCAAGACCUCCCUGCUGCUUCACUGCAACAUUGACAUUCACUUCACAUAUCCUUUUUGAUAUGAUCCAUAAGAAUAUGACUUAGAGAAAUCUAAGCCAUAUUAAGUAGUACUUGUAUUAUAACAACAAAAACCUGAAGGCUGAUUGAACCAAUGACACUGAACAUGUAAUAUAAGCUGGUUCUUGCGAGAUCUGGUUGUCGUGGUGCGGUGUAGAUGUCCUCUAAGUGAGCUGUGAUGCCAACCAGCUGGGCUUAGGUGGAAAACAAAAGUAAGAUUCUGAAGGACGCUCACAAAUAGUUAACUAAAUUUAUUUGUUCAGUGUGCAAGAUUUGGGGCAAAUUGACAAAAUGUAAAAUCUGAAACACAUCCCUGCAUCUCAUCCACUUCACACUUACUUUACCCUUGUGUGUUGUGGUCACUACAACCUGUUGGUUGAAGCGUGCUUGUAGAAAAAAAUGUGUAUUAUUUACAUUUUUGAUCUACAGGCUCAACUGAGCGUUGUACAACCAUGACACUGUGUGCAGUUGUGCUUUGUAUAUGUUUGCCUAUUUCUUUCACCUGCAGAGAGCCUGUAUCCACAUGUAAGCGCAGUUGUGACUAAAGCUGAUAACAGUUUAUUCUACCAAACUCAACACCAGUCAUAAAAAGAAUAAGUGGGUGGUGCAAAGUAAAGGAGGAAUUUGUUUAUUUCACAAUUCUCUGAGCUUUUUUAAAAAAAAAAUUACAUGAAGACACUACUAAGAAAAAAGUUGCACUUACAAAGUAGCAAAAAACGACAAUGACUUUUUGACCAGCUUUUUCAACAAUAUUGGAUGCAUCAUAAUUAACAGAAUAAUUUUAAAAUGGCAAAAAAAGUAUAUAUAUAUCUCAAUUUAAUUUUAUCUGCAGUAAAACUAAUUAAAAGUGAGAAUCAGUCCCUUUUUAAUUUGGAGUCUUCCAAACUUUUUCUGAUCUGUUUUUGUUUUUUAAUGAAGUUCUCCUUGCCUUUGAUUUUGAAGGUCAAGGCUGCUGCAUAAGAGUCACACAUUCAUUGUCAUUGUCUCUGUUUUUAAAUUUUUUUUUAAUGGGGAACACAUGCUGGCGUUAACUUUGGUGCUUUUCAGCAAACUCUCAAUGCUGAAUUUCUGAUGUGUUUUUUAGUAACUUUCAGCUGCUGCUCCAACCAUGUACUGCUCCGUCACUAACCCGCUCACAGCGGGAACGUGAUUUUUGACCACUGUGAUAACCUCAGUUGGAACAUGUAGUUGGAGAUUUAUGACAUAAGAGAAAUAGUUGCUGCAACUAUGAGUGCAGACUCUCAUGAUGCAUCCAGACUGUAAUCAUGUCAGGGAAUAGUUUGUUUUUAUGUAUUUAUUUAUUUACUGAUCCCAUGUGUUGCAUUUUAAGUCUUGAUCCUUGUUCAGGUGCAGUAAAACAGUAAAAAUUCUUUCUCUGGUUUCUUCUACUGUAUUGCCAAGUCGUUAAAAACUAGGAGCAGCUGUACUGUUCUGGAGUCUCAAUGCUCUGUGUGCAGAACCAAGACAGAACAAACCUCCAAUAGAUCAACUGCACUCUAACCAGGAAAACAUCUCCCAACACCAAACAUGGAAAACAGCAAUUUUAACAUUCAAGCAUUAAUCAGUGGAACCAUCCAGGCUUCACGCAUUUCUAUUUGUAUUUGACACGAAAAAUUAUAAUUUGUUUGUUCUGGUAGAGAACACUCCUUAAGAGUUUAGGAAUCAGAUUUUUGCACAAUAGUUUUCCGGCCUUGUGCAGACCUGUUGAGAUCAAAGUAUUCCCGGGAAUGAACAUAGAAAGUGUAAGAGCCCUUCACAACAGGAAUAACAGACAGAUUUAUUACAGUGUGAAUUGAGUGAUUUAUUGGAUUUGAACAACUUUGAGGUUUGCUCUAGAUAAAGCAAUCAAGUUAAACUAUGCAUUAGUUGUAUAAUUGAGGAUGGCGGCAAUGCUGAUCAAAAUACUUCUCUGUUGAGUGAUUUAUUUUAUGAGAUUAAAAAUAUAUGCCAUGCAUUUCAUUAGCCUAAUUCAGGGAUGAAAACGCAAGAAUCAAAUUUGAAGUGAGUUUUGGUUUAGGUUCGAAUGAAGCAAUUAGAGGAGAAGUUAUAAAUAAUUGGUGGUAUCAGGACUUGGCACCAUUUCAACAUUAAAAGUCAGUCCAAAUGUUAUGCAGAAUUGAAAACGUUCAAAAACGUGCCUUGAAAAGUUCUUUUUUUGUUGAGUUCAAUAAAGUUUCCUGUUUUUUUCAUGUAAUCCUUGCAUGAUUGUUAUAUGAAGAUCUUCCCUUCUUGUUACAAAUGUUUUACCAAGAGACUUCACUGCAGCUGAGGUGCAGCAGGGGACAAAUUCAAUGAAAUGCAGAGAUUCUGUUUUGUUCAAAUUAAGUACACCUUCCCAGUCACGUUUUGUUUGUCAGUUCUGCUGUCGUGCAUCUGUUUAUUUUCCAUUUCAGGGUUUGAGAUUAAGGAGAAGAGGUUGUUCUCAAAAGCUACAUCUGGAACUGAAGUAAAAAACACCAACUGCAUGAUGGGACGGGAACAAUGAGCGCUUUAUGUCUGUGUAUAUCAUCUUUUCAAGGUCUAUCAGGACAGUUUUGCAAUUUUUGUUUUUGUUGCAGCUCCGCUUCUCAAAAGCUUUAUUGCAAAGUGCUCCAGUCACGAGAGCACAUACUAUUCCCAAACGGACUGUACUUCCCAGAGAAGAGACACAAACUUUCCAGUUUGUACCUUCACGAUCAAAUAUGCAGAAAGAACAUAGUCUCAGGUCUCAGUUUAGCUUGUGAGGAAAAUUCCUUUUUUUUUUUUUUUUUUUACUCAACUGGUCAGAUUGUCCUCUGCAGUUCAUUUGUUCACCAAGAAAGCAGGAGUAUAAACAACAUGGAUGACUUAUGAUGUAGACUGGAAUAAAGUUUAUUUGUAGGCAGCAGCUGGCGCCGACUUGAAACAAAAAAGAUGCAGAUGGAAAUGUAGAUUUGCAGAUGGAGCCUAGCAAACCUACCUCAAGCCUCCUGUGUUAUACUUUGGAGGCUUUACUUGAACUUUUAUUCUUGGGAUUACCUGGUGGGUUCAGCUUCUCAUCAUUCGGCUUUACCAAAAACCAUGAUGUUGCCUCUUGUUUUUUUAAUGGUUUCUGUGACAUUUGUUUAACUCCGUCUGUGCUUAUCACGCCAUGACAAAGACACACUGGAGUCAUCGAGUGAUGUCCCAUCUUGAUGCUCCCAAAAUUAAACAAAAUAUUUAUUUCUGCCUGCAGGUAAACCAAAAAAAAAAGAAAAAAACAUGAAGCAAAUUAGGAUUGCAAAUGUCGGAACAACUUUGAACAUGGACCUGGCAAUUUUUGUGGCUUUUUCUUAAACGCUGGACUGUUUGGCAUUACCAGAUAAGGCUGAUUCCGCAAGAGUGGAAUGUAGCUCCAGAAUUUCUGCUGAAGAAAGAACAAACAUGAACAAGUGACUUGUAUCAAAGGAGAAAUCAUUAAUCACUUUUAGCAGAUGACGCCAACAGGACAUUUUCAUACAACUGCAGUGCUUUCAUCCCUGCUCAAAAGACAAAUGCUUCUAAUGACAGCUGUGACUUAUGCAACUUAUGGCCUGCAGGUUGAACAGUGACAGCAAAGAAGUGUUUGUGUAUUACUUAAGUGUAUUUAGGGUGUGUCAUUUCUGCUUAGCUGUUUCAAAAGAAAAUCUGUCCAGUUUCAUUCUUUAGAACAUCAAUGUAUGUCUGCAUACAUGCCGAAGAGGAUCAGGCAAUGGAAUACCAGUUGAUUUGCCAAAACAUCUGUCCUGUGUAUGUUGAUAUGUGCUGAGGGAAUGUAUACACUGAUUUCUAACAUGAAGUCAAUUAAUCUUUCUCAGGCACAUUGUUUUUAUCUCACCCUUUUAGUCCAAUAUCAGCAUGAGGAUAAAAAUAAAAACAGUUUUAGUUUGCAAAGAACCAUGCAUUUCUCUGAAAAACACAUCAAAAGGGCUCCAUGUGAAGGAAUUACUGCAAAUCCUCACAUCUGCUGCCAAGAGUAAGUUUUCAACACUUCCAAAGAUAAAGCUUUCUUUAUUUGGGAAAAUAGAACUAAUUCAUCUUUGCUGGACUCAUUUGUUGAAGCAUAUUUUUGCUGAUUCUUGACUUGAAGUUGCCAGGUCUGAAUUUCCCACUCAAAACCCAAUUAUUUCACUUAUUGGAAAUUUAGAAAGGCUGCAAAAUAUGCUAAGGAGAAGGAUAUUUCAGUGUGUUAACAUGCAUCUCUUACGUUUUAUGAAGCGGUCUUGUUUUGACGAACAGAUGUUCUUUGCAAAGAACAUUUUGGGAGCUCCAGGGCAAGUUUGCCUGGCUGUGUAGAAGCACCCUUUAAAAAGUACUCAGCAAAAUCUGCUGCUGUUUUAAAAAAAAAACAAAAUAAAACAUUAAUUUUUACUGUGUACAUUCUCCUGCUGGGCUACAAAUCUGCGGUUGGUUGUGCUUUUUAAUGAGUCAGUUACUCAUCCUCUCAUGCAGUGACUCACGUAUUGGUAAAACACUGCCGAAACAAUUGAAUGUAAAAAAAAAAAACCUUUUCAGGCUAGUUCGGUGCAUGCAUGACAGCAGAAUUUCUGUAAAUAAAAUCUGUACAAAAUCUAAGGUUUCCUAAACAAACAACUGUCAAUAGAAAAUAAAGUACAACUGUUUCCACCUCA